AUGGCUCCGUCCCAGCUGCAGCAGCUCAAGGCUGCGCUCAACUCCGCUGGACUGAACCGGAAAUCUGGUGGGAAGAAGGACACGAAGAAGAAGAAGGGCGGCAAGUCCCAGGACGUCGACCGCGCCAAGAAGGCCGCGAAGCUCGAUGAGAUCCGAGCCAAGUUCAACAAGUUCGACGAGCGCGAGACGAAGACAAAGCACGAUGUUGGUGGUCGCAACCUUAAGGGUGUCGUUGGUCGCCCCGCCGCCAGCAGGCAGGCCGGUAUCGAGCAGACCCUCUUGCAGGAGCACAACCUGAAGGACCACACGGGUACUUUCCGUGACCGUCGUUUCGGUGAAUCUGACCCGACAAUGUCUCUGGAGGACCGUAUGCUCGAGCGUUACACGCGGGAAAGGCAGCGAGGCCAGGGCAAGAAGGGCAUGUUCAACCUUGAGGACGACGACAACUUGUUCGGCGACGAUGACGACGGAUUCGCUCUCGGCGGUCUCACGCACGGUGGUCGAAGUGUUAUGGAUCUUCCUGGCGACGACUUUGUCGCUCAGGGCUUCGGAGAGGAUGACGAGGAGGAGACGAAUGGUGCCAUUGACCGUCGGCAAGUUAUGCGCAACCACUUUGGCGGCUUCGGCGACGAGGAAGAGGACGAGGAGAUGGUGAGCUACGACGCACGUGGAUCUGAACUGACCCAACAGCCUGAGCGCAAGAAGACGAAGCAAGAGGUCAUGUCCGAGAUCAUCGCGAAGAGCAAGGAGUACAAGAUGGAGCGUCAAAGGGAGAAGGAGGCGGACGCCGAGAUGCGUGAGGAGCUCGACGAGAACCUCGACGACAUCCGUGCCCUCAUCGCUGGCGGUACUGCGACUGUCAAGCCUGAAGUUCAGCUUCCUGGCACCCAACGAACUGCCCCGGCCAUGGCCGACGAGAUCAACGACGACGGCUACGACCAGUUUGUGCGAUCACUUGCGUUUGACGCUCGUGCCAAGCCGAAGGACCGCACGAAGACCGAGGAGGAGCAGGCCAUGGAGGAGAAGGAGCGACUUGAGGCGGCUGAGGCGAAGCGUCUUCGCCGUAUGCGUGGCGAGGACUCUGAGGACGAGGAUGGUCCUUCCAACAAGCGCCGCAAGGGUGACCGCGCUCCUGAAGCCGACGAUUUGGGAGAUGACUUCAUGGGUGAUGUCGACGAGGACGGCGGCAUCUCGCUGCUCGGAAAGGGUAUCACGCGAGAAGCCAUUGAGCAGGACGCUGGUUCGGACUCCGAGUCCGACUCCCAGGAGGGUGACUCUGACGAGGAGGGAAGCGAGGAUGACGAGGAUGGAGAGAUUGACGUCGACGGUGAAGUCAGCGACUCUGACGCUGGAGAGUUUGCCGGAUCGGACAUGGAGGACCUGGACAGCGAUGCUGAGGAGGACUCGGAGGAGGAGAGCGAGGACGAGCUUCCCCGCAAGCGCAAGGACAAGGGUAAGGGCAAGGCUAAGGCGCCCGCUGUGAAGGAGAUUCCUUACACUUUCCCGUGUCCUGCGACCGUUGAGGAGUUCGAGGAGUGCCUCGAGGGACUCGACAACAGCGCGCUCCCCAUCGUUGUUACCCGUAUCCGUGCCAUUCACCACCCGUCACUCGCGCAGGGAAACAAGGAGAAGCUGCAGGACUUCCUCGGUGUACUCCUCGACUACAUCCUGAUUCUCGCUUCUGAGGACGAGCCGCCAUUCGACUCCAUCUCUUCGCUUAACCCCCACCUCGCUGCUCUCGUCAAGCUGAACCCAAUUGCCGCUGCGCACCAGUUCCUUGCCAAGCUCACGCUGAUGCAGAAGAACCUGCAGCGCGGACUCACGAAGGGACCGUCGUCUCCGGACUCGAAGACGCUUCCGGGCGCUGCAGAGCUCAUCAUCCUCCGCCUCAUUGGCACGCUUUGGUCUACGAGUGACUUCUCGCACCCUGUCGCGCAGGCUGCCGAGCUCCUCAUCGGGCAAUACCUCAGCCAGUCCCGCAUCCGCUCCACGCGGGAUGUCGCUUCCGGUCUCUUCCUCUCCUCUGUCAUCUCCCAGUACGAGGCGCAGUCGAAGCGCAUGGUGCCGGAAGCCAUCAACUUCAUCGCCAACUCGCUCCUUGCCCUGCUUCCGCGCAAGAAGGCGGCCGGCAAGUGCACUGCUUUCCCGGAUCUCCUCGCGUGUGACAUUACAAUGAAGACGGGAGCUGAACCGAGCAAGCCGGCCAAGCUUGCUGCUGCCCUCACCGAGGACAACGAGCAGGUGAAGAGUGAUCUCGUUGCUGUCGCUCUCGGUCUCAUCUCCACUCUGGCGACGAUGUCGUCCGAGAACCCCGGCUACAUCGAGCUGUUCACGCCGCUGCAGAAGCUUAUGACUGAUAUCCGUGUGGCCAAGCUCGCGCCCGCUCUCAAGGCGCAGAUCGAGACGGCGACGACGCAGCUGGGCAAGCAGCUCAUGUUCGCCAAGCAGGCCCGUGCUCCUCUCAUGCUGCAGGACCACAAGCCUGUACCGAUCGCGACCUACGCGCCCAAGUUCGAGGCCGACUUUGCUCCUGGCAAGCACUACGACCCCGACGUCGAGCGCAACGCUGUCGCCAAGCUCAAGGCGCAGUACAAGAAGGAGAAGAAGGGCGCGAUGCGCGAGCUGCGCAAGGACAACCGCUUCCUCGCGGCCGAGAAGGCGCGCGAGCAGGCCGCCAAGGACGCCGAGUACAACGCCAAGAUGCGCAAGGCCGUCGGCGGGCUCAACGACGAGCGUGCAGAGGAGAAGCAGAUGGAGAAGGAGAAGAAGCGCGAGAAGCGCCGCCGUGGCUAG